CCAUUGCUCCGUUUUCUUGUCCAUUAAGCACCAUCCCUCCGCCUCUCUUUCCUUCUUUUCUUUUUUCCCCCUUCUCCUUCCCCCUCCCUCUCCCCCUCUCUCCGGCUCCGUGUCAUUUCCUCCUAGAGCUCACAAGCUGCCUGCGAGCGUCUCCAGCCGGGAGAGUAGGCGGAGCGGGGCGGCGCGGCGCGGCGCAGGAGGACGAUGGUGGCUGAGCUGCUGGGGGCGGAGGCUCCGUAGCCCCCGCGGAAAAGGAGCCCGGCGGUGCCUGCCCAGCCCGAGCCGAGGAUGGAGAGCCGGCCGGGGUCCUUCCAGUACGUCCCGGUGCAGCUGCAAGGGGGGGCGCCCUGGGGCUUCACCCUCAAGGGGGGCUUGGAGCACUGCGAGCCGCUCACGGUGUCGAAGAUUGAAGAUGGAGGCAAGGCGGCCUUGUCCCAGAAGAUGCGGACUGGUGAUGAGCUGGUGAAUAUCAAUGGCACUCCAUUGUAUGGCUCCCGCCAAGAGGCCCUCAUCCUUAUCAAAGGCUCCUUCAGGAUCCUCAAGCUGAUUGUCAGGAGGAGAAACACCCCUGUGAGUAGGCCGCACUCAUGGCAUGUGGCCAAGCUGUUGGAGGGGUGCCCUGACGUGGCCACCACCAUGCAUUUCCCUUCUGAAGCCUUCAGCUUGUCCUGGCAUUCCGGUUGCAACACUAGUGACGUGAGUGUACAGUGGUGCCCCCUCUCCCGGCAUUGCAGCACUGAGAAGAGCAGCUCUAUUGGCAGCAUGGAAAGCCUGGAACAGCCAGGCCAACCUACCUACGAAGGCCACCUCUUACCCAUUGACCAGAACAUGUACCCCAGCCAGCGUGACUCAGCCUACAGCUCCUUCUCAGCCAGCUCAAAUGCCUCUGACUGUGCCCUUUCCCUUAAGCCAGAGGAACCACCCUCUACAGACUGUGUCAUGCCAGGCCCAGGGUCGAUUAAAGUCACUGAUGACCAAGCUAAUGUAUCUGAGAACUCAGGAAGUAGCCACAGUACCAGUGAGGACCAUGUGACCUCCACUUCCCAUGCAUCAUCCUGCUCAGAUGAGGGCCACCACUCAGGACCUGCCAAGAUGGCACGGAAUCCACCAGAGCCUCCAGUGAGGUGGGACAGCCUUCAGGCCUCUAGAGCCCAACUUCUCAAUGGAGAGCAGCAUCGUGCAUCUGAACCGGUAGACUCCUUACAACAAAAGGAAAAACCAGGCUUAGAGACAGUGCUGCCCCCAAGGAGCUCUAAUCAGUUCUGCUGCCUUAGUGGGCAAGACCAAGUGACAGAUGAGGACCACCAGAACUGUGAGCUCAGCAAGCCACCUGAAUCCAGCCAGGAUGACUGUGAGCAUCUACUGAUAGAGGACUCCUCCAAAACUCUUGAUUCCCCCAAAGCCCAUGACAAAGGUUCCAACAAAGAGUUUGGCCUGCUUAAGGAGGCUUCAGCAGAUUUGGCUAACACUUUGAACUUUGGUGCCAUUCCGCACCUCCGAGGAACCACAGAACAUCGCCAUAGUGCUCCUGAACAGCUGUUGGCAUCCCACUUGCAGCAGGUGCACCUUGAUUCCAGAGGCAGCAGGGGGAUGGAGUUGCCAAUUGGGCAGGAUGGACACCAAUGGACUGUGUCCCCUUUGCACAACAACCCUAAAGGGAAGAAAAGUCCAAGUCUCCCCACGGGAGGCACCCAGGACCAGACCAUUAAAGAAAGGAAGACCACGCCCAUGGAUGAUAAACUGAUGGCUUCUGUACACCAGAGCCAAAGUGAUGUCCUACUUGGGGAGGUUGAUGGACACCCAAACCGAGCAGGCAGAGCAAGCAGUGACUUGACUAGCCAGCAACUGUCUGCUACUUGCUCCUCUGUUCAACAAACCAGAGACUUCUUUUCAGCCCAUAAAGUAGUUGAUCACACAGAAGCAAGUGAAGAAGGUGACAAUGAGCCUAAGGAGUGUGGCCGAUUGGGUGGCAGAAGAAGUGGAGGCCCUCGGGGCCGCUCCAUCCAAAACCGACGGAAGAGUGAGAGGUUUGCUACCAAUCUACGGAAUGAAAUUCAGAGGAGGAAAGCCCAGCUCCAGAAAAGUAAGGGCCCGUUGUCACAAUUGUGUGACACGAAUGAAGCCGUGGAAGAGACCCAAGAGCCUCCAGAAAGUCCUCCACUCUCUGCUUCUAACGCAUCUCUUCUGCCUUCAUAUAAAAACGUCCCUAGCCCUGGAGACAAGGUCUUUAACAAAAGCAUGAUUCUCAGGGCUAGAUCUUCAGAAUGCCUCAGCCAAGCCUCAGAGAGUUCCAAAGCUAGGGGAGGCUUAGAGGGAAGAAUGAGCCCUGGCCAGAGGUCUGGCCAGUCUUCUUUGGCCCUGAACACAUGGUGGAAAGCAUCUGACUCAUCCACCUUAGACACUGAGAAAGCAAAUGCUCACCAUGGGGUCUGUAGAGGCCAUUGGAGAUGGUCUCCAGAACAUAACACACAGCCACAGGUGGCACUAUCCACAGAAGCUCCUUCCAGCCCAGAUGACAACAAAGAGUUGAAGACAUCUACUCCUCAAGCUGGGGAAGAAGCUGUCCUCAUGCCGUUUGCAGACAGAAGAAAGUUCUUUGAAGAGAGCAGCAAAUCUUUAUCUACAUCUCAUUUGCCAGGCUUAACCACUCAUAACAACAAGCCAUUUAUCCAGAGACAAAAACCUAUAGAUCAAAACUUCCAGUCAGUGAGCUAUAGGGAUUUAAGAUGCCAUCCUCUGGAUCAAUCAUAUCAUUCCACAGACCAGUCAUACCAUGCUGCAGACCAAUCCUAUCAUUCCUUGUCACCACUUCAGUCAGAAACUCCCACUUACCCAGAAUGCUUUGCUACUAAAGGCCGAGACAAUUCCCUGUGCUGUAAGCCAGUGCAUCAUGGGGACUGUGAUUACCACAGGACCUGUUCUCAUCCCUGCAGUGCUCAGGGAACUGUAAGGCAUGAUCCUUGCAUCUGUUGUUCUGGAGAAAUCUGCCCUGCCUUGCUAAAGAGAAACUUGUUGCCAAAAUGCCACAACUGUAGGUGUCACCACCACCAAUGCAUCCGGUGUACAGGUUGCUGUCACGGUCCUCAGCAUGGUGCCCAUGAGGACAGCAGCAUGGCACCUGGCAAUGCUUGGAAAUCCAGGAAGGCAGCCAUACAGGAAUUUCCUGUGGACAAGUGGAAGCCAAUAACAGGAAACAGGAAAACUAGUCAUUCCGGGAGGGAAAUGGCUCAUUCUAAGGCCGGCUUUUCAUUGUCUACUCCCUUCCGACCUUGCAUUGAGAAUCCAUCACUGGACUUGUCAAACUACCGAGCAGUCUCUUCUCUUGACAUCCUUGGAGACUUCAAACGUGCCUCAAACAAACCAGAGGAAUCUUCGGUUUAUGAGGAUGAGAACUCUGUUGCCUCCAUGCCCCGCCCACUGCGGAGCCGAGCCUUCUCUGAGAGUCACAUCAGUUUAGAGCCUCAAAACACCCAGGCCUGGGGGAAGCAUCAGAGAGAAUCAUUUAGUAAAGGCAGUGAGACUCAGCCAGAUACACUUGGGGCCCGAAAGAAGGUCUUUCCUCCUCCUCGCCCUCCUCCUCCCAACUGGGAAAAAUAUAGGCUCUUUCGUGCAGCACAGCUGCAACAACAGCAGCAGCAGCAGCAGCAACAACAACAGCGAUGUGAAGAGGAAGAAGAGAAGGAGCAAGAGGAGGAAGGAGAGAAAGAGGAGGACCUACCACCCCAGUAUUUUAGUUCAGAAAUCACUGGCUCAUGUGCCCCUAAUACAGAGGAACAGCCACAGUCCCUGAAGAUGGGCCACCAGGAAGCCUCAAGGCAGGGUUCACAGAGCCUCCAAGAGCAAGAGGCCUUUGCUCUGCAUCCUAGCAAUUUUGUGCCUCCAGUAAGGGGCUGCACUGUACCCCAGCCUGAGAAAGGUCACCAUCCUGGCUAUUAUGGCACUCAUGGACUAUGGAGGACAACUGAACAAGAAGCUACUGUGACCCCAAAACAAGAGUUUCAGCACUUCUCACCUCCUAAGGGGGCCUCAGGAAUCCCUACCUCUUACUCAGCUUAUUAUAAUAUCUCUGUGGCCAAGGCAGAACUGCUGAACAAGUUAAAACAGCAGCCUGAGAUGGCAGAGGCAGGCCUGGGAGAGGAGGGAGUUGACUAUGAACUGGCUCAAAAAAAGAUUCAGCUCAUUGAAAGCAUUAGUCGAAAACUUUCUGUCCUACGGGAGGCCCAGCGCGGGCUACUGGAUGACAUCAAUGCCAAUGCUGCCCUUGGAGAGGAGGUGGAGGCCAACUUAAAAGCUGUCUGCAAAUCCAAUGAGUUUGAAAAGUACCAUUUGUUUAUUGGAGACCUGGACAAAGUGGUCAACCUGUUGUUGUCACUCUCUGGACGACUAGCCCGGGUGGAGAAUGCUCUCAAUAGCAUCGACUCAGAGUCCAACCAGGAGAAGUUGGUGCUGAUAGAGAAGAAGCAGCAGCUGACGAACCAGUUGGCAGAUGCCAAGGAGUUGAAGGAGCAUGUGGACGGCAGGGAAAAGCUGGUGUUCAGCAUGGUCUCCCGCUACCUGCCUCAGGACCAGCUCCAAGAUUACCAGCACUUUGUGAAGAUGAAAUCUGCUCUCAUCAUUGAACAGAGAGAGCUGGAGGAGAAGAUCAAACUUGGAGAAGAACAGCUUAAAUGCCUCAAAGAAAGCCUGCACUUGGGGCCCAGCAAUUUCUAAUUGCACUGGGAGUAUGCCAUUGCACCUCAGUCUAUUCCUGGUGAAAAAGGGCUUUCAAUCUUCAGAAGCAGUUUGCUAGCCAAGUAUGUAGACAUUACUUAGCAGUGAGUCCAGCCAUCUACCUUGGCCAGCCAUCAAGGAGAGGCUGGGAAGGCCCCGAGCUUCUCUUACAGAGCUGCAGCAAGGUGUGGCCACACUACUAUGCUCCCAGUGAGCGAGGACUAAAAAGUGCCUUCAUCUCUGUACUAAAACACCAAAGACUUCACAAACUCAAGACUCUCCCUUACCACACUACCCUCUUGAGGUUCAAAGCUAAACUGCCUGUGCAAUUUUCCCUCUUCCCUAGGGAUACUGACCUAGCUAGCCAUUGUCUGCACAGAUGUGCUUGACUUGAAUACAUUCACCUCACACCAGUUCCAGGGCCUCUACCAAAUGUGGCAGCAGGAGGCACAGAAGGGGAGACUUCACAUAAGGAGAGCAAGCAUGGAGUCCACCUGAGUAUUCUUCCCUCUGGUAAUAGCCAGGCUUAAACAAAGUGGUUCCAUGUGUACCCUCCCCAACACCUAGUUGAUAGCUUUGUUACCGCUGCUUUCACCCUAUCUUCACAUGAUGAUAGACCUGCCUCUUUGUUUUGUAACCUGUCCUGAUAUCACUAGGAGUCUCCUGCCAGGGUUUCACUCUCUGAUCCUCUAACGUAUCUCUAUUAUAGUUGACUUUGCAAUACAGCUUGGUUACUGGGGAAGAGGGUUCUUAUCAUAUUUCAAAUGGUCUUUGAUGGUAUUGAUUUUUAUGUUUUCUUUUUCUUUCAUAACUAAUGAAGUGAGGAAAAAACAAGUUAGGCAGAAGGAAAAUAUAAGCCCACCGUGGCUAAGGAAGCAAGCGCCAAGGCCUUGAAUUCUUCCUACCAUAGUUCCGAGUAGCUAGUAAGUUUCUCCCCUUGGACUUAGAGCCUCCUAAGUGCUCUAAGCUAUGUGCUUCCUUGAGGGCUGGAUGACUAUAACCUUAACAUUCCUGAGUAGGGUUCAGUGUUUUUUAACUGCCUUUUGAAACCAGAGUCUCCUAUAACUGAAAGAUACAGGAUACAUGAAGGAAGGAAGGUGGGUGGGUGUGGAAGGUGCUCUUCUAACAACUGCUUUCCCAGCCAGUGGCUAGCUCAAGGAAUCAAAACCAUGAGAGUAUUUUCAGCCAGGGCCAGGCCUCAGAGCAAAUUAUGAUUCACCCAGGAUCUAGACAUUCACUAUCCCUCCUUGUCUUCUGGGCCUAUGUACUAAAGCAUCCCCUCGGGUGGAUGCCUGAAAUCCUCGAUAGUACCAAUGCUUGUAAAUAGCACAAUUGUUAAUCUCCUCACUGAGGGGACUAAUAAGUGACUAAAGAAAGGCUGCCUGUAUAGCAUGGAUACACUGGAUAAAUAGAUGAUUGAUGUGGGAUGGAGCAAGCUUUCAUCACACUGCACAGAAUGGCACAUAAUUUAAAACUGAUCAGCCAUUUGACUCUACGAUGUUCCAUUUAAUAUUGUCAACCUGGUUGAGUAUCAGAACAGAAACUCUGGAAAGUCAAACUGCAGGUAAGAGGGAUUGAUGCGCAAAGCACUAAAGAUGUUGCUCUCGCCAAGACCUGACGUUGGUAGCCAGCUUCUAUUCUGGAAAAGCAUCCAGGUGAGCAAUAGCAAGAGGGGACUCAUCACCAAACUGCCUUUCUAUCUUGCUCAGUCUUCUGCUCCCUACUAACUGGGUACAUUCCUUGAUGAUGUCCCCUAACAAUCUCUCAGAAGCCCAAAACAACCAAGCCCUGGCAUCACCACCUGUCACAGCUGAGUUCCUCAGGGUCCUUGGCCAUUCCCUGUAGCUUCAGUGUUACUUUAUUCAACCAAAGAAUUUGCCAAGGAACUUCACAGCUGCUACAAAUACCGGCCACUCUCUUCCAUUCUCUGCACACUGUGUCUGACAGCUAUGGGAGAAUCUUGGCUGGCGGGGUAUUCUAAAGGGAUGGGAGCCUUUUCUAUGAGCCAUUGGGUAUGCUUUUUAGUACUGCUGCCUCUGCAAGAAGCACUGUUUAUCUCUCAGUACUGCCACUCUCCCCUCAAGUGGGAGAUCACAAAUUAUCUUCAACAUGACUCUAAAAGUAUACUGAGCGCUGAAGCUCAGUUGCUGCUAUGCUAUGCUAUGCUAUGCUAUGGUGUGCGGUGCUGUGCUAUGGUAUACCACAAAGUACUGUGCAGCGCUGUGCUGCGUUAUGCUGUUCUGUGCUUUUCUGUUCAGAAUGGCUGAGAGUUUACCCAAAGGAAAAUUGAGAGGGGUGAGGAACUGUUUGAAUAAAAGCCACACUUGCCUUACCUUUUUUAAAUAUAAUGGGCCCCAGGACAAUCAAUAAGGAAGUUGAAAUGUCUUAUAGUAGGAUAGUGAGAGUUAUGUGUUCUGUCAUUCCAAGAUGUGUUUGGCUACAGUAGAACAAGGAACAUUCACUUUACUGGAUAUCAUGGCCAUAGGCUGGGUAUUUGUAGCCUUCAUUAGGUUUAUUAUACCUUAAGUAUAUGAUACCAAAAAUACUGUUAACUGUGGUUUGUGUUUGUUUGUUUGUUUGUUUGUUGUGAUGGCAUUGUUAGAGAUGGAACCCAACACCUUAUGUAUACCGGGCAAGUGUAUCACUGAGCUAUAGCCCCAGCCUUAAUUCUCAGUUUUUAUCACUUUUCCCACCUCAAAAUGGUUUAUACAGUUAGAAUCAGAAUACAGGGCUGAGUUUCCAAAGUAUUUGAAAGAUAACUUCACAACUAUACAGAGCUCAAUAGACUGAACUAACACUGGUAUGCCCUACUCCUGCUAUGGCCUUCCCACAGUGAGGCUGCAAAAUGCCAGUGCUAUUGGCAUGGGGUCUCUCUCUUUCUCUCUCUCUCUCUCUCUCUCUCUCUCUCUCUCUCUCUCUCUCUCUCUUUCUCUCGUCUUGCCUUCUGGGAUCAGCCAUCUUUCCAGGCCUCUGAGAAGAUGGCAGAGCAGCAUGGAAGACGUUCAGAGAUUGACCCAGCCCCUCAAAGGUUGCUGCUCAUCCAUUCUUUCCCUCCAAAGACUUCCAUGAUUCUCAUUGGAUAAUACGAAAGCAGGCUGGUGGAUACAAGGGACUCAAUGCAAGAUUGUGAUCAUAUGCCUAUUCUUCUCCCAUCCCCGGGGCUGUGGGUAAUUGACUCCCCUCAAGUACCACUAUUGAAGGCUCAGCUAAGACAUAAAAGUAAAUACCCAAGUGGAGUCUAAAGGAAUGGGAUAGAUUUACUGAAAUUAAAGUCCUAAAAAGGGAGAAAUUGGAUGCACAGGAAAGGAAAGAGAGUAAAAAUAUGAAAAGCCUCUUUGAAGAUUGGCUUCAUACUUCUGUUUGCCAUUUAACCUCAUAUGCCAAGAAAGGUGCCUAAGGGGUACCAGACUUUUCUAAUACCAAGCCUCGACUGGCAGGAGUUGGGUGUACUUCUGGCUAUGUCUACCCGUGUGGAGUUUGGUAGCUCUUUCUUUACCAGAGGAGCUAUGUAUGCCAGUAAUAAUUAUGUGGCAGAAUAUUGUAUUAUUUGAAGAUUAAAUCCUUAGAAGGGGGCAGGGUGUGGGGCAAUGUAUAUAGAUAAAGAAUCAGUGUUUGCUGUACAAUUUCGGGGAAUUGUCUAUCCCAUUUAAUGCUAUUAUUUUUCUGGGUCUUACUACAUUUGUGUCCUCCACCACUUCCUUCUUGGCUGACAUUGAUAUGCCUGCCAUAUUGUCAUCAAGGGCCAUACUUCAAUAAAAGGUGCUAAGGACAAAAGGACUCGUCUCUGAUGUUUUGCUUGUGGUGUUGAAAUCCUCUAAUAGACUGAUGAAAAAUAGUCAAAAGGACUAUGGGUACUUAUCUGUUGUCUUCACCACACAGCUAUUAUUCAUAUUCUGAAAUUAUAGCCUAACACCUUAGGGAUAGUUUUAAUAAUGCUCCAUUCAUUAUCACCAGUAAAACAACAGGGUUUGCCAUAGCACUCUUAGUGGAAUGGAUUUUAGAGAUCUAUUCCUACUAUCACUACUGAAAGAUAAAAAUAAUCACCAAUCUUACCCAGUGCUAAUAUGUCACAAGCAAAACCGGGAAGACGGUUUUAUUGUCCUGAUUUUAUGCUUAUCCUAACUACAGUCUUCCUUGUCUCCUAUUAAUCACAGAUGUCCAAAUCAAUUAAUCAAGGUUUCCAAAUGCAUGGUUGAUAUAUCUUUUUGCACUGCUAUAACCAUAUAUCUAAGACUAUAAGUUAUAGUAAAAAAAAAAAAAAAGUACUGGUUUAUAUUUCUAGAGGCUGAAAGGUCCAAGAUCAAGGGUCUGGUACCUGGUGAGAGCCGUUUUCUGUGCCUCAUGACAGAAGAAGGUGAGGGAAAGCAAAA